AUGUCCUCUGCCGGUGAGACUGGCACGUCGUCUACUCCUCCACGUGCUAAUGUACCAGUUUAUGGUUCUAGUACAAUUGAUUCCAUUCAACACGACAUCGAGCAGGCUAAGGAAUGCAAGGCAGAUGCCAUGCUGCAAGCCCUCCUUCAGCGUGCUUCUUCCGCUCCCGAGACUAAACAGCCCGAGCUCCUGCAAAAGUGUCUCAAGGCAGUUCUGCCGGUUUGCAAUGGACAGGCCUCCACUGCUCUCGUAGUAAAGUCAUCUGAUGUCGAGACAGCUCUCAAGGAAUAUUAUAACGAUUGA